ACUUUCCAUCCUUGGGCGAGGCUCUGCGCACCUGAAGCGCCCGCAGUUCGGAGCAAACUUAGGAAGCAGUUCAGUGAAGCUGCUUCUCGACGAAAGAGUCCACCGAGGGGCAAAGAGGGGGGUCCUAAGAGGGGGCUUCUCUCCCACCCGCUUUUUCCCUCUGAAGCGGUGGACAUGGAGCCUCGGAGAACCCCUGUGCUGCUGUGGCUGUUGGUUGGCGCCUGGGUCUUAGAUCCUGCCACCACAAUGCAAGUCACAGUCCAGAAUCCCUUCAAUGUGGUCAUCCUGUUUCAGCCAGUAACUCUGCAGUGUAACUACCAGACCUCAUCUACUCAGCCACCUAUCGUCUUGUGGAAGUACAGAUCUUAUUGUCGGAGCCGCCUGGCAGAUGCUUUUAAUCCCAGUGGCCAGGAGGCCCAGAUCACGAACCAGCUGCAGCAGAACAACCCUGGAUACAAUCCCUAUGUGGAGUGCCAGGACAGUUCCCGGACCGUACGAGUGGUGGCUACCAAACAAGGCAACUCAGUGACUCUUGGGGACUUCUACCAGGGCCGGCGCAUCACCAUAACCAAUAAUGCUGACCUCAGCAUAGAACAAACAGCUUGGGGAGACAGUGGGGUGUACUACUGCACAGUGACCUCCUCCCAAGAUUUGCAAGGCAACAAUGAAGCCUACGCUGAGCUCAUUGUAUUGGGCAAAUCCUCCGGUGUCUCAGAGCUUUUGCCAGGCUUUCAGAUAGGGCAUAUGGAAGACUGGCUUUUUGUCGUCUUGGUGGUACUAGGGUUCUUUCUGGUCUUACUGCUCUUCGGGAUCUGCUGGUGCCAGUGCUGCCCUCACACAUGCUGCUGCUAUGUCCGAUGCCCCUGCUGCCCAGAGAAGUGCUGCUGCCCUGAAGCAUUGUAUGUUGCAGGAAAAGCUGCAACUGCUGGAGUCCCCAGUGUUUAUGCACCCAGCAUCUAUGCAUCCAGCAACCAGUUGAAGCCAGGCCCUCCAGCCACUAUGAUCCCCAUGGGCCCAGUGUCUCCCAUGUACAAUGGUUAUGGAGUGGAUUAUGACAGGGCCAGCUCAGUUGGUGGAAACAGUUCACAGGUGCCCCUACUGAGGGAUACUGAUAGUGCUGCUGUGCGCAGUGGUUACCGCAUUCAAGCCAACCAACAGGAUGACUCCAUGCGAGUGCUCUACUACAUGGAGAAGGAGCUGGCCAACUUUGACCCCACCCGCCCAGGCCAACCUAAUGGGAGGCUUGAGAAAGCCUCUGUGAUGAGUGAGCUGAGCUCUCUUCAUGAAGAUGAUCGGCGCUAUGAAUUGCGACAGGGAUUGGGGCGCCUGCGAGGCCAGGCCAUGUCUCCCAUUAGCGAUGUGGAGGAGGAGAGCGUACGGAGCAGUGAGAACCGACGCUUGCUACCACCUGCUCAACGUGACUACUAUGAAGACUCCCCAGUGCGGGGCUAUGGUCGACGUCCACGCUCCCGCUCGAUGGAUGCUCUUGAUGAUUUGGACCGGGAUCCUUACCCGGCUCGGCCUAGGAGCCGAGGCCGCCGGGGUUCAGAUGAGGAGUGGCAUCACCGUGACUAUUCUCCAGACUUGCACAAUGAUUAUGCACGCCAUGGUGGACGUCGGAGCCGAAGUAGGGAUGACUUGCGGGACCUGGAGCGCUCCCACUAUGAUGACCAUCUCCUGGAGGAAGCACUGCGGAGAAAGCAGCGGAUGGGCAGCCGGGAGGAUCUGGAUCAUUCAAGUGCCUCAAGUGGGAGAUCUGGUAACAGGAAAAAACGAGAAGAUAACAGCAGUGGCUUUCCUCCACCACCACCUCCUCCUCCAUACACAGAGACUGAAUCUGUGUCCUCCCGUGGCAAGAAUGACCGCAAGAUCCGGAAGAAUCAUGAUGUCAGCAGGGACAGUUUAGUGGUUUAACACAUGCCACUUCUUGCCUUGCCAUUGGUUGGAUGACAGUGGCCUUGUCUUAGCCCUGCUUGGUUGGUUGGUAUCCAUUUUAUUCAUAAUGACUCCUAAGGCAGAGCAAGCAGAGUUCCUUCAAGCAUCAUGGAUGAUGACAAUGGGACAAGGCACCUGGAUAACAUCUGAAGAACUGACCUCUCUGAGCCUUAUUUUAACUCCUGCCAUGUGCAGGCUGAGAAUCUGGGAACCUAAUUUGGACUACAGGAGAGCUCUUAGAACUAUAUUUUUUUAAAUAUGCUUUUUAAAUUUCAGGCUUAGGUAUUUUAAAUGUAGUGUUCUGGUAGAACACUUGAAAUGUGAUCCACCACUACUGGGAACAGAAAUAAUAAUCUUAUUGUACUGGACUACUUAUCAUGGGUAUCUACUUACCAUUUUGCCCUCCACAUUUUUGAAGAUGAUUCCAAAGAGGGCCAACUCAGCAAUAUAAUCUUUUUGUGUGUGUAUGUAUAUGUGUAGGCUUUACAUUAUUUGAUACUUACGUUGUGUGGCUUUGUAUGUGAGAGAUAUGGGGGGGGGGGAGAUUUUUAAACAACACUUUAAGUGUAGAACCACUGGUGCUGUAAAUACACUGAAGUGAUAAGCAGCUAUGUUUCAAUUUCUGUAAAUAUUUUGAGAUUACCAUUUUGUAGAAAAUAAAAUAAAAUUGGUAGACUGGAAA